GAGAAAACACCCCACAGCGGAGGCGAGAGGGGAUUUAAAUCACACAAAUAUUCUCCGCGUAACUUGACGGAUAAAGUACAAAUCCUCCAUCCCGGCCGGGUCGAGUGUGACGAGUAACAAGGGUGGAUUAGAUGGUGCUGCCCUGAACCCGCUGCUUCCACGUCCUGGGUUAUUGUUUUAAAUCAUAAUAAAGCACCAGCUUUAAAUGCAACGCAUACGACUCAGACUAAGCAGUCUCAGUCGGGGGUAAACCAGCUGGGGGGAAGGGAAACCGUAGCAGAGCGAGGCUCCUGGGCGUCCAUCCCUUCACAUCCAUCCACCACCGCCCUCUUCCUCCCCCUCUCCUCCGUCCUCCUCCUCCUCUCCUGCAGCCAUGGACCCCCCGAGGACUCGCUCUCGGUCUCGCUCCGGCUUCUACCACUUCGCCAUGAACGGCAGCGGCGGCAGCAGCGGCGGCGGCCCCGCCGUGGGCAGCGGCAGCCUGCUGGGCGCCGGCGGAGGAGGGGUGAGCUACCCGCCGCAGAGCAGCCCCGGCUGGCCGCUGGGAGGACGCAGCUACCCGGAGAGCCAGCAGCAGCCGCCGCCGCCGCCGCAGCAGCUGCAGCUGCAGCAGCACUCCCAGGGGAGUUACCUGUCCGCAGGGCCGCAGCGCCAUGGAGCUCACGGAGCUCACAGACACCCCGGGGCCGGAGGAGUGGUACAUUUUCAUCCAGAUACUGUAUGCAGCGAGGAUCGAGACAAAAUGGAAGACAGCCCAAGCCCCAAAAGGCAGCGCCUUUCCCAGCAGUCCAUGAUAGAUCUAAACUCCGCCCCUCCUUCAACUCCUUCCUCUCCCAUUCGCCCAUGGGAGUUGCCUCCUAGUCGCAGACCACCCCCCCACUACAUACCAGAGAGAUGCCACACGCCUGUUCGAAACCGCCGCAGUCCUCCAAUGAGACGUCAGCGUGGCCGUAGAGACCGCCUGACUCGCCAUCACCACCACCAUGCCCACAAUAGCAACCAUCACCACUACAACAACAACAACAGUCACCACCACCAUCAUCACCCCAACACACACCACCAUCACCACCACCUUCACUCCCACCAUGGUCCAUCACCAGGCCAUCAGGAUGAAAACUAUCGCCAUCCAGCUCCUCCUCAGGGUUACCCACCCUACAACCAGCAACCUCUUCGAGGGCUGGGAGCAGGGCCUGAAGAUCGUACAGGCUACCAUGCUCCAAACCCCUCCCCAAGACCCCUUCACCAGUCACCAAACCUUUCUCCCAGAGUACUGCACCCUGGGGCCCAUCCACAGCACCCCCACCCAUCCCAGCAACAGACCAGUGUGGUACUGGACCUCCACGAGCAGGGUUCAGCUCCUGUAUCGUAUCCUGUGUCUCCCCCGGGAGCACCACCAGGUUUGCCAACCCGCUCUGCCCCACAACAGAUCCCAGCAUGCUCAGUGGUCUUCAGUGGACAGCAUUAUCCUGUCUGCAGCGUCCCUCCUCCUGUCCUUCAGACUUGCUCUGUUCAGCACUUACCCAUGCCCUACCCGUUUCCAUCAUUGCUGUCCAGCGACCCGGCCUUCUUGAUUCCACCUCCUCACCUCACCCAUCCCCCUACACACCUUUCCCAUCACCCACCUCACUUGCCACAGCCUGGACAGUUCGGACCAUAUCCGGCACAGCAGGCGCGAUCGCCGUUACAGAGGAUAGAAAACGACGUGGAGCUGCUGGGAGAGCACCUGUCUUUAGGUGCCGGGCUCCACUAUUCUCCUGCCACCCAUCCUGCCCUCACCCCACAUUCAACACAGCUCCACUUCCUCUCCCAUGAUCCCUUGCCACAGGAAUUUUUUGGAGUGUCUUAUCCAAAUUUCAUUCCUCGGCGUCUCCCCGGCCGACGGUACCGCUCACAACAGCUUCCACCUUCGCCUUACCACCCCAGCCUCCUGCCUUACUUCCUAUCAAUGCUGCCAGUUCAGCCCACAGGUCCUGCUAUCAGCCUGGAGCUGGAUGUAGACGAUGGAGAAGUGGAGAAUUAUGAGGCCCUCCUAAACCUUGCUGAGCGUUUGGGAGAGGCCAAACUCCGAGGACUGACCAAGGGAGACAUUGAACAGCUUCCUUCUUAUCGAUUCAAUCCAAAUAACCAUCAGUCUGAACAAACACUGUGUGUGGUAUGUAUGAGUGAUUUUGAGUCCCGUCAACUGCUGCGAGUCCUGCCCUGCAGCCACGAGUUCCACGGGAAGUGUGUCGACAAAUGGCUGAGGGCCAACAGGACGUGUCCUAUAUGCCGAGCCGACGCCUCAGAGGUCCAGAGAGACUCAGAGUGACCACAAGAGGGGGCCAGACACACCGUUGUCUUCAAACACAUCCAGCACUGCCUGCUCCUGAUAAAUUGAUGCACAUGUGUGUACUCGAGCGCACACGCAAACACACCCACACACACAUAUACACACACACACACACACACACACACCAUUAUGUUACAUGUUUGUGGGGCACUUUCUCCUCCUUUUGUUGUUGUUUCAUUCCUUAUUAAAAUAUUGCGUCAUGCAUUUGAUGCAGUUGACUUCCUGCUCUCUUCCUUCUGUACGUGCACACAGGUCCUCACAUUUUCAGUGAGCGUCCCUCCUUCCUGUGUGUGUGUGUGUGUGUGUGUGUGUGUGUGUGUGUGUGUGUGUGUGUGUGUGAGAGAGUGAGUUUACACAAGCAAGCAUUUUCUUGGUCAGCCUAGUAAUGGAGGGCUGUGGUACCUGACGGUGUUUUCAUUUUCAGUAUGUGUGUUUGGUAGUGUGAGAGGUUUUUCAGUAUCCUGGAGCAUGUCUGAGUUUUUGUUGUGUAACAGACAAGUGUUUUUUUUUUGUUUUUUCCUCUCAUGAGUGACAAUUCUUCCCGUUUGUAUGUUUAUGCACUGUCUGUAUGCAAACUGUAUGUAUGUUUAUUGACCUAAUCCUUUUCUCUAGUUUAACACUAAGGGUCCAUGCUGCCACUAUUAUUAUUAUUAAUAUUAUUAUUAUUAUGAUUAUUAUUGAGAACAGUAACGGUUGGUUGAUUUUCUGUUUGGCAGUUACCUCAUCAUUCCGGUCUCUCGUUAGAAGUGCUUCACAGCGCUACUUUGAAGUUAAGCACAUGUAUUUUUUUUUCCCCCCUUUUCUUUUACAAGAAAAAACAAGUUUCUGUGACUUUGCAGUGGCACAUGUUACUUUCUAUCUAUAAAUAUAAAUAUAUAUAUAUAUAUACUGUAUAAAUCUAUGAAUAUGUAUACCAAAUAAAAGGCUUGAUAUAAACUUUUUAAA